AUACCGCGAGCGAGUCUCUGUACAGCUCAUACUUCGCUGGGCACUUUCGAGAGAACGGAGCAGAGCUGAGUUACGGUUUUCCGGGGAUUUUUAACGGCUGAGCAAGCUCUGUGUGUGGAUAACCCUCGUAAUUUUGUUUUCUUUGCCUCUUGUCUCUUUGGAGCAUUAUGACUCUGGAGGAAAUCCACAGCCAGGAACCAAUGCCUGAAACUAGCGACAGCACUGCUAGCAGCGCCACGAGUGGCAGCAGGAUGCAGAGCGCCGGCAAAGCCCUCCAGGAGCUGCUCGUCUCUUCGCAGCGCCGCGGCUGCCUUACCGCUGGCGUCUACGAAUCUGCCAAACUGAUGAAUGUAGAUCCUGAUAUUGUUGCUUUCUGCGUGCUGGCGGCAGAUGAAGAGGAUGAAGGGGACAUUGCCCUCCAGAUCCACUUCACCCUCAUCCAGGCUUUCUGCUGCGAAAAUGACAUUGACAUUGUGAGAGUGAACGACACCCAGAAGCUGGCUGCUAUUGUGGGGACCAGCGAGGAGGCCGGGGAGCCCAGAGACCUACAUUGCAUCCUCAUAACGAAUCCCAAUGAGGAUGCCUGGAAAGAUCCAGCCUUGGAAAAGCUGAAUUUGUUUUGUGAGGAAAGUCGAAAUGUCAACGACUGGGUGCCCAAUAUUACCCUGCCUGAGUGAUGAUGAAAAUCCAUGCAUAGGAGAGGCUGAAACCUUUUGUUGCAUUCUCAUCGUGGAGUUCCACACCUGGGCAACCCAGCAAGUGGCUGAUUCUGGGGAUUAGCCUGGUCAACAGCUUGGAUUAAGUCGCUCAGACAGCACGUGGUGGGUUCUUGUGGAGAAAACAGAAGCAAAGGAGGAAAGGGGAAUGGGUUAUGCCAAUUCUGAAUCCCCACUAUGGUGCAGCACUGGAGAAGCUGGCAUAGCUAUGGAGCUGAAGAAGUACUGCAAGUUUUUUAGGAGCAGAAGGGGGAAAAAACUGUUGCAGGUUUCCAGGUCAGGUGGAAUGUUUGUGCUAAAAAGCAGAGGAGAAAGUUGAAAAACUGGACACAGAUGGUGGCAUAGGAAAGUAUGGACAUCGUUGUAACCAAGAACUGUUGGUGGGGGGUGCAAAGCUCCCCCCUGCCCAAGAGACUGGAAGCUUAAUAGACAUUGGUACUAUGAUAUUUCUACAAUAUUUUGAUGCUGCCUGACUUAUCAGAGGCCUUUGGACUAUAUUCUGCAUUGAUAACCAAUGUUGCAAUAAUCCUUUUUAAUUGAAAUUCAUGCUGCUAUUUAAGAUCUUCUACAUUUUUUAAUAAAAAAAUUGACAACUAA